ACUUUUAUUAUAUAUACUGUAUGAAGCUUUAAUAUAGACUUGAUAUAACAUGUCGGAGUUCUAUGUGUUCUGUGCUUUAUCCUGCUUGUUAUUUGAUAGAUAUUCAAUAAAAAAAAGUGAUCUUCAGUUAAUAAUACUUGUAUCUGUAUCGACUGCGGUACUGUACGUGAACAAUGUACAUUUUAAAUAGAUACAGUAGAUCACUGAACACCAUAAGUUGGUUUAACUUUCAAGUGUGUGACUGAUUCAGUGUGUGUGUGUGUUUACACGCGCGUCCGCGUGUGUGUAGAGCAGCUCCGCCUCCACGCACUAACACCAAACACGGGAGUCCUGCUUGAGUCAGUUGAACUCACAGCGUUAUGAAACAAGACACCUUCAUUUCAUCAAUGACACGAACAGAAGGGGUACAUAUGAACUUCAUUAACAUGAUGUGAGUUGUUAAAAUGACAGCGGAGUAACUACACAAACAGGAGAAGGUAUUAAACUGUGACGGAGAACAACCGACGCACAAGAGAGAUUCUCGCACGUUUCUAUCAUGCCAGCUCAAAGGAUGUUCGUCUUCCAGCUCUCCCUGUUCUUUUGUUCCUGGCUGUCAUCCAUUCACGGUCUUGAUUUCCGCUAUUAUAACAGCGUGGAAAUGGAGCAGUACUUGAAAGACGUCAACAGGACGUAUCCUGAGAUCACACAUCUACACAGCAUCGGACAGUCUGUCGAAGGAAGAGAACUCUGGGUCUUAAUACUGGGUCAACAUCCGAGAGAACACAGGACAGGCAUCCCGGAAUUCAAAUAUGUGGGAAACAUGCACGGGAACGAGGUUGUAGGGCGUGUGUUACUGCUUCAGUUGAUCAAUUAUCUGACCAGCCGUUACCUGAGUGACCCGCUGGUGACACGUAUGUUGAACAGCAGUCGUGUGCACAUCCUGCCAUCCAUGAACCCGGACGGCUUUGAGUCAUCUGACCGGGACUGCAUAAACUCAGUGGGCCGGUAUAAUAAGAACGGCGUGGACCUGAAUCGCAAUUUUCCGGAUGCAUUUGAGAGUAAUACCGAGCAGGAAAUUGAGAAAGAAGUCAGUGCAGUGAUGGACUGGCUGAAGACGGAGACUUUCGUCCUGUCGGCCAAUCUCCACGGAGGUGCGGUGGUGGCCAGCUACCCCUACGACAACAGCAACAGAGGAAGCGAGCUGCAAGGAGGCCAGAGCAUCUCCCCCGACGAUGACGUGUUUAUCCACUUGGCAAAGACAUACUCCUACAACCACACUGAAAUGCACAACGCAAACAGUUGUUCCGAUUUUAUAGGCUUUGACCACGGCAUCACUAACGGAUACUACUGGUAUCCUCUAAAAGGGGGAAUGCAAGACUAUAACUAUGUGAAGGCACAGUGUUUAGAGCUCACACUGGAAAUAUCUUGCUGCAAGUUUCCUCUAGAGUCACAGCUUCCUGGCCUAUGGGAGGCCAACAGACCUGCACUACUGGCUUACAUGCAGCAAGUACACCUAGGAGUGAAAGGAGUAGUGAUGGACUCAGACGGGAAGCCUGUGCAAAACGCUGUAGUCGAGGUGUCGGGAAGAAGAAAUCUGUGUCCGUUCAGUAGCGAUCGGAACGGGGAGUACUUCAGACUGCUGCUGCCCGGCACAUACACCAUCACGGUGACACACCCAGGACACGAGACCCUCACACAGAGGAUUAAAGUGCCAUAUGGUCCCGACUCGUUCUCUGCCCUGACACACAACUUCAUCCUUCGGCAGAAAGACAACAUCUCAACAGGAGCGGCACCAAGUCCUCAGUCCUGCACCAACGCAAUCACAACACUUACCUUAUUCAUCCUACAAAGACUGCUGUCCUGAGAGGGAGCAAAGACUCUUUUAAACAUUAAAGACAAACUCAACUGCCUUUCUUGCACACACAUAUUUUUUUUUAAUUCUGUACUAAAUCAUGAUGCCAUAUCGAGCAUUGUCAAACAAUCAAUAGUGGCAUGCAUGUAAAGACUCGAUCCACAGCGCAAGUUAUUGAAACAGUACAGUUAAACGUAAAACUUUUUCCUGUGUCUCAGAUAAUGCUUUAUAAUGAUGUCAAAUUUAAGAUGCCUGCAUAUCUGCUGUCAAUAUUGGAAGACCAGUUGCUACAAUACUGACAUAUGAAGAUUGACAAGUUGAAGGAUGUGUGUACAAUUUUUAACUCUUUGAGAAACGUACUAUUCAUGAUUGUUUUUAUUUGAAGACGCUGCAGAUAGUUUGCCAGGAAAAUUAUCUUAACCUUUUGCAUAUUAAUGUGUCUUUGCAUCUGUGUAACAUGAAGACAACCAAGCCAAAAAAACAACAACAACAAAAAAAACCUGGUGCUCUUUCUACCUCACUCAGUUUUACUUUACAAAGACUGUGCCUUCAAUAAACAUCAUACACAGGA